AUGGUCUUACCGGUCGGAUCUUUCCCUCUCAAGACCUACUUACCUUAUGCCGACGUGGAUAUGGUAAUGUUUCUGCCUCCGAAGGCCACCUCGACCAGCGGAGGUCCAGUGGGAGGGGUUGGAGCGGAAAGUUCUGGAAAGGAGGGGCGCAAGGACCAUGAGCGAGAGGAGGCGACGGACGCCCACUCCGGAGGCGAUGACGGCAAGGGUACGGACGCGAUACACACACCGGCGCUGAUUGCUGCCACCAUGGCGCUGUGCAAUGUGGCCAUGCAGGCCAGUUCCAAGCGAGGGUCUCCAGGGCACAGCCGAUCUUGGCCUCCCUUGCUCGAGACUGCGAAACCCGAGAUCCGCAACGUGUCGCUUAUCAACGCGCGAACGCCAAUCGUUACAAUGGUCGUUGGGAACGUGGUUGUCGAUCUCACGGAGAACCAAGGGGGGAGCGUAGCGGCGUCGGCUUUGCUUGAGGAAGCGGACAACCUCAUUCAGCGGAAUCACCUCUUCAAGCGAAGUUUGUUACUCCUCAAGGCAUGGGCAUGGUGUGAGACACCUCGAUUAGUUGGGAAUCGUGUCCUGGGCGCCCGAAAGGGAGGCCUGACAAGCUAUGGCCUCUCCGUGAUGGUGCUGCACUUGUUCGCGGCGAGUGCCUCUGCAGAUGCCCUCGUACACCCGCUCGACGUGUUGAUACGUUUUUUUGAGGUGUACUCGGAGUUCGACUGGGCUCGAUAUUGCCUUACUCUGGACGGACCGGUUCCUUUGGAGUCCGUUCGCGGAUCACACCCUUACGAGGGUUGGCACGGCAACGGCGGCACAAGUUCUAGGUUUGAACCCCUCGUGAAGAAGGUUCUGGCGGAAUUGUUUCGGGUGCCCGAGAAGGAUCGUGAGAAAGAGAGGGAGAAGGCGAAAGAGAAGGAUAAAGAUAAAGCCGGGCGCCGCGGGCGGCGAGCGAGCAGGGUUGGACGAUUGUCUGACAGGCACGCCGAAGAUGCGUUGCCGGAGACACCGCGUUUUGCGGCGGGGGCGAUGCCGCACUUUCCCAGGCGAGACUGUAACAUCCAAGACCCUCUCAACGCGCUCAAUAACCUCGGGCAUUCCGUGACGAAGAACAAUCUCAAGGCGCUGAAGCGGGCGCUUCAACAGGGGCAGAAGAAGCUGGAGGCCUGGCACCUCGUGUCGCACCCUUCGCCGUCUCGCUCCCACCCCAAGAGCGAUGGAGCGCUGCGAAGACCACUGGUCCAAGCACACGCCCACUUUCCGCCACAGUGGCAACAGCUGCAAAGGGUGUUUCCGGGGCCGCACCCAGGCGGUCAUCAGCUUGGUCCUGACCAGCAGAGAUUUUCGGUAGUGAACGGGAACGUGUCGCCGGAGGGGUGGAGAGAUCAGGCGAUGGCCCGCUCGGACGUGUGCAUAGUUGGGCCGGAAAUAGCGACGAGUCACCAGUCAGCGCCCCGAUGUGAGGAGGCGACGGAACCCCCCGCGGAGAAAGAAAAGUGCAGGGGCGGGCGACGGAAACGUCAGGAAGAAACUCACGACCAGGUAAUGCAAGGACCGGUGCUCCCUUGGGAUUUGCCGUCCUUCGUCAAUGCCUCUCCAACUUCGUCCACGGCGUCCUUGUCCGAUUUCGUGGAGGACGGCAGCAAGGAUGGGCAGGAUUGUCGGUUGCACUAUGAGAGUGGCGCUGAAGAUGAUGUGCACGGCGGGCUAGUGAAGGAGAGCCUCUUCGAUUCGUCCUUGGGUGAUUCCGACCACAGCGAUACGAUGGCGGACACGCGACAUCAAAAGCGUGGCGAAGGGCAGAAGGCGGGGAUGAAAAGGGCGAGCGGAAACUUGUGGGCGAACUGGUUCCUGCGUGAGUUCUUCCCGGAAUGCUGUCAACGCUACGGUUCGGGUGACGGUUUCCGCGACGAUCUCCUUGAUCACCCGUGCCAGCGCAAGAGCAGACUCCAGGAGGCCGGCUCUCUUCCGCCGAGGCGACCCGAUGCUCCGGAUGUGCUGCAAGGUGCAUCUGGGGAAGUCUGGAAAUCCUUGACGGUUAUCGGUGGAAUGAUGCGCGAAAUCGCCGCGCAGACGAACGACCGUAGCACGAAGGAAGAAUCGGCACAGCCCCGAACAGAGACCAAUCGUGCAGUGAUCGGGGCAGAGGGAAAAGGUGGCGGGCGUGGGUUAGGGCGUUCGCGUGCUCAUGUGGGGCAUCAGGCGCGAGUCGAGCCGCGCGUGGUUCAGGCCCGGCGGGCAGCUCUUGCUUCUACCUGCUCGAGUGGAGACCGUUCCGCCCCGUCGGCGAACACGGGGGUUGAUUCACGUGGGCUGGAGGUGUUGCGACCAAACCGGGUGUCUGACGAAGUGGAAGAUGAGAAUCGGUCACAGCGGAGGGACGGGGGCAGGCCGACCGCCGCCACAGCACGGCCGCAGGUGCUCGUUGACGACGAGACGGGUUACACUACCAGCGAAGAGCAAGGCGAUCGGGAAUGUUCUACUUCAUGCGGUGGAGAAUCUCGAGAAGACGGAAGCGUUCCUUCGCCUCUAGUCGAAGCUCCAUCUUUGGCUAAGCUUUUCCCCGUCUCCUCCUCGACACAGACGCUGAACACGGCUUCGACUGGCGAAGGGGGGGUUGAGGUUGGCGCCCAGUGCUGUGCUCCCGACUCCAUUGAUCAAGGGGUGCAAUGCGUGCUUCCUUCGCCCAAGUUGAGGGUCUCGUGUGCAUCGCAGUGUGAACGGACUAGGACAUCGAUUUCGACAGGAGUGCAGUGCGUCAUCCCGGCGCCGACAACGGUGGUGUCUCGGGCCAGUCAGAGCUGCUCCAGGGCCGUUAGGCAGGCAUCGAGCGGGGUUCAAUGUUCUCUGCUAGUAGCAGCAGCUGAGGGUGAGGGCGAUGCAGUGGGCAAGGGCCCCCGCGGUGGACAUCCUUCGCCGAGCUCGCCCCAUGCAGGUGUGGCGACUGUCGGGAUUGAAGACAUCAUGGCACCCGCCUUCGAGGACACGUUCGAAGAACCACGCGAUUCGAAGGAAGAUUUAGAAAGAGCUCUGCCUCAGUCUCCGGGGUCAGGUAAGAUGGCACGUGUCGUCCCCGCGGUGGCCCUGAGCGACUCUUCUACUGGAGGCUGCGGGGGUGAUGGAGUACCAGCCCCCAGAAGCAAGAAAAGGCGAAAGAAGGCCAAAGCAGGGUUUGCAGCGGGAAGAUCAGCUGCUGCGAAAAGUGUGAUGGACCGGCCGUCUGAGCCUUGGUCGAAUGCACAAGGCGUUCUGGUGGGCGGGUGGACGCGUUGGCUGGUGAGCAUGGCGGCCUUCUGUGGGGUCGUGGGUCUCGUGCUCGCGGCAGCAGGGGGAGCGGGGAGGGGCGCGGGAGAUGCGAGCUGGCAGGGCGGCGAUCGGCUGACACCGCGCGUUGUGCACGAGGGCCAGACAAAGAGAGCUCAACCCCCUGUGUGGGUGGUAGCUGGGAGGAGUCUCACCCUUGGAGACGUGCUUACGUCUCGAGAUUCUGCUUUUAUGGCGAACGACACCGGCGGGGUCCAGUGGUUCCGGGGCGGGAACGUGCUUCCAGGGCAAACCAGGCCAUUCCUGACGAUUUCAGAAGUCAGCUUGGAGGACGAGGGCACGUACGCCUGCUUUACUGUCGAGGAGUCUGGUAGAAUAGGUAGCACACCUUUGUGGGAGGAGGCCACGGUGCGGAUCAGCGAACCGCCGUUGGUGGAGUCUCAGCUCCAAACACAACGUCUCGCGCGCGGAGAAAUGCUUGCCAUCGUUGCCACUGCAAGCGGAGUGCCCCAGCCAGAAUACCAAUGGCGGCGAAAUGGCGUGCCUAUUCCAGGAGCAACCCGCCCCAUGCUGGUGAAGCACGGUGUGUCUGAAGCUGACAUGGGCACCUACACUUGUGACGUGUACAACGUAGCGGGGAGGGUGCAGUGGGAAGAAAUGGCCGUGAUACUGCGCGAAGAUAGAUCCAAGCGAUAAGAACAGCGGGGUUACAUUGUACCGAUUGACACGUCAUUCAUGGAUGACUGAAAAAUGUAAAAGAGCAGGUUGCGUGUAGGUUUAAGCAUUUCAAAGAUGGGGUUGGCUGCUCCCUUCCCCUGUCAGUAGGGAUGAGCUAAUCUGGGGUAUGUGGUGAACGGCCAGAGAGUCAUUUUAUUUAGCACUCUUUGUUGCUAGUGUACAUGAGCUAGAAUCAAUUGAUCCCAUUUGCUUACUAUUUACGCUUGUGGUGCAUUAGUCGAGUGAUGUGUCUUGUGGUGAUGGAUGCGGAGGCGGUGUGUG